AUGAGAACUUCUAAGGAGGGUGAAGGAGUGGUUGGAAGCAAAAGGAGGUUGCAAUUAAACCAGGUUCUUGAAUUGGAUGGGGAGGAAGAGUUGUUGGAUGAUGUAGGGGAAUAUUGUAGUGAUGAUGGGUUUGACGAAGAUGAUGGGGUAGGUGAUGGUGUAGAGUCUGAAGAUGGUGGAGUUGAGGAGGUAGAAGUUGGUGAAGAACGUUGGGAAGAUGACGAGGAUGAUGUUGUGGAUGAUUAUGAUGAAGCAUUAGAUGAAGGAGAUGAAUUAGAUGAAGAAUUGUGUAUUGAAAAUGAUGAUGACCUGAAUGAGGUUAAUGAUGAUAAUUAUGAUGAAUCCGGAGAAAUGGGAGUGGGGCGAAACACUACUUGUAUGGAGGAUGGAGACAUUGGAUGCCCUGGUGAUGGAGAUGGGGUUUCAACCAUUAACGCAGAUUUGUAUACAACUCCUACGAAGCGGAACAAAGGUCCCGUUCUAUCGACCCCUUCUGUUGGAAUGUCUUUUGCUAAUUGGGAAGCAUUGAAUAACUAUUUUCGAUCCUAUGGGGAGCAACAAGGUUUUGGUGUAGUGUGUAUGGGAGGGAAUAAGAGCGGGGUGAAAGACAGUGAAACGGGCAAAUCGAAUUCCCUGAGGACCUAUGUUUGGCGGUGUGAGUGUCAUGGAAGGCCAAAAUACCGGCGGAUGGUGAAUGGCAGGGUAGUUACCUGCGCAGAGGAACCAAUUCUUAAGAGGAAGACGAAGAAGUGUAGUUGCCCUGUUAUGCUAUAUGGGGCUCGGACCAAAGAGAAUUUAUGGGUUGUGAAGAGUGUUAUUGAAAAUGAUCACGAUUCAGGUGCACCUGUGGCUCAGAUUUUCAAUAACUUAGCGGGAAGAAGGAAUGGUGUAGAGAAUAUUGGUUUUACGAAAAAAGACGUGCAUAAUAUUUUGAAUAGGAGGAUGCGAUUAAGGCUACGAGAUGGGGAUGCUGUUGCGAUGAUAAAUUAUUUAGAUAAAAUGACAAAGGAUAAUCAAAAAAUUUUCCAUCUGCACCGGCUUGAUAAAACAGGGAAGUUGCAGGAUGUAAUGUGGGUUGAUGCUCGUAGCAGAGCCGCGUAUGAGUACUUUGGGGAUGUGGUUUGUUUUGACUCCACGUACUUGACAAACAAGUAUGAGUUGCCAUUUUCGAACUUUGUUGGGGUGAAUCACCAUGGGCAAACAAUUUUGCUUGGAUGUGCAUUAGUGUCUCAUGAAACCGCGGAAACGUUCGUUUGGCUCUUUAGGGCAUGGUUGUCUUGUAUGGGGGGUAAAGCUCCCGCUGCUAUUAUGACCGACCAGGAUGAGAAAGGCAAUUAG